AUGCGAUUCUUAAAUGCAAUUGCAUGUCUUUUUUCUUCAGUCACGAAAUUCCACGCCACGUCCAAUAGUUUCAACAGUGACGUCCGCCAGUUCCACCCUGACCUACCAACUCCUGAGGUAGCCAGACAAUUAAUUAUCGCUCUGUCUGUUUGCCUAUCUAUCUAUCUAUCUAUCUAUCUAUCUAUCUAUCUAUCUAUUUUUUUAAAGAUUUCAUCCCAAUCAAGUCUUUUCAUCUCUCCUCUCUCUCUCUCUCUCUCUCUCUCUCUCUAUCUAUCUCUUCAUAUAUAUUUAUUAGUCUGUGCAUAUAGUUCUUCUUUCUUUUUUCCUUUCUUUCUUUCUUUCUUUCUUUCUUUAUCCGAAUUGCGACUCCGUUCUGCAACUAAAUUGUGUGUUACUUUUUCUAUAUACCAUUACAAACGCUCCGUUCGACCCGUUCUGUUAAAAGCUUCUUUCUACCGCGUUCACUCUUGUUCUCCAAGAAACGGGUAUCGCGAUGAUUCAUGA